CAGAAUUCUCUGCUGACAUGCCAAGUGCAAUGGAGACAAUAUAUAUUAUCUUCAUAACUGGUGAAUUGACUGUGGGAAUUUGGGGAAAUGGAUUCAUUGUACUGGUUAACUGCACUGACUGGCUCAAAAAGAGAGGUAUCUCCUUGAUUGACAUCAUCUUGGUCAGCUUAGCUGUCUCCAGAAUCUGCUUGUUGUCUGUGAUGUUUUCAGAUGGCUUUGUUAUGGUAUUCUAUCCAGAUAGCUAUAUUAAUGGUGAUGUAAUGGGCAUCCUUGAUAGUCUCUGGACACUUACCAAUCAUUCAAGUGUCUGGUUUACUUCUUGCCUCAGCAUCUUCUAUUUACUCAAGAUAGCCAGUAUAUCCCACCCAUUUUUCCUCUGGCUGAAGCUAAAGAUAAACAAGGUCGUCCUUGGGAUUCUUCUUGUGUCCUUUCUCAUGUCCUUAAUUAUUAGUAUUUCAUUGAAUGAUGAGUCCUGGUAUGAUUUCAAGGUCAGUAAUAAAGACAACGUUACUUGGGAAGACAAAAUGAGUAAAAUCUCACAUGCUUUCAAACAGAUUAUCUUGAACCUGGCAGCUUUCAUUCCCUUUAUUCUGUGCCUGAUCUCAUUUCUCUUGUUACUUUUCUCCCUAUUUAGACACACCAAGCAGAUGAAACUUUAUGCCACAGGGUCCAGAGACCCUAGCACAGAGGCCCACUUGAGGGCCAUAAAGGCAGUAAUCAUUUUUCUCGUCCUUUUCAUUAUGUACUAUGCAGUCUUUCUUGUAGUAACCGCUAGCUUUCUGAUCCCUCAUGGAAAAUUAGCGGUGAUGUUUGGUGGCCUAAUAACCCUCAUUUUCCCAACAAGCCAUUCAUUCAUCCUGAUAAUGGGGAACAGCAAGCUGAGGGAGGCUUUUCUGAAGCUGCUGAGGAUUGUGAAAUGUUUCCACAAAAGAAGGAGACAUCUUGUUCCAUAG